CUUUUUAUCUCUUAUGGUUUCUAUUGCUAUACAAAGUAUCGCUAUCAUACCAAUAUUGUAACGAGGUGAAUCAACUGUUUAAUAAUUAAUAAAAAAGAGUAGUUAUAUACACCCUAAAGGGGCAAACCCCAUACACAAAACCUUUAGGGUUUUGGCAUUUGUUCACCGCCGGUGGCUAUGGAGGCUGACGGGGACGAUGUACAAUCACAACAGCAUGGCGUACAAGCUCACCAUAUCAAGAAGAGGGCUCUCAAGAACAAAGCCCUUUCGAUUUCCUUCGAUGAAAAGGGCCUCAGUGAUUUCGUGACUGGAUUUCACAAGAGAAAGAAGAAGAGGAGAAAGGAAGCACAAAAUCAGCAACAGGAAGCCUUACGUCGCAAGCGUAUUGAGCUGCGCAAAAAGAGAAAACUAGACAGAGAGUACGUUCUGUACGGUGGGGCUGCACCUGAUCCAGAAGGUGAAUCUAAUAAAAAUGAUGAAGUAGAAGACGAUGAACAAGACAACAACAAUGAUGAAGGGGAGGAGAAUCCAACAUCGGUUUCUGGAACAAAAGUGUACGACACUGGUAAUGUCAAGGUCAUGGUGACUACAAGUGAGAUCUCUCGUGAAGACGACUUUGCUGAAGUACCCAAAUUGACCUUAGGGUCGGAAAAGAAGCCGAACUUACCUGUGAUAAAGAAGAAGCCAUUGAAGAAAGUUGAGAGAAGAAGAUCGCGCCCAAAGGCUCUAACCAAAAGGGAUAAAAGAAAGGGUAAGACAAAGGUCGAAAAGAGGCACUAAUGGUUGGGAUACUUUUAUAAAUUUUCGAAAAUUCUUGUUUGUAGCUUUGAAUUGGUUGUCGUAUGCAGAUUACUAUUAUUAAUGCGUAGUUUACAUGAUGUGUGCAUUCUUUAGUUA